AUUUUGAAGUAUUUCCUGCCGCCAAAUUCAGUGCUAAGCAUUCAGUAGCUGCAGUAUUUUAAAUGAGUGAAUUAAAGACUUCCGCAUUAUAAGCAUUCUGAAGGUGUAGACAGUGAGACACGGUGUUUUUAUAUAAAAUGAGUGCUCAUGUGAACGGCAGCGGAAGGGAGCAGAUAUCACUGGUGUCCAGAUGUGUGGAGAGCGCGCUCGAGACGGCUCUGCGCAGGGCAUUUGAGGUGGCGCUCGAGAUCGCGCUGAAUGAGAUCAGCAGGCUGACCGCAGGUCAAGCGCUACUGGGUGUCUGCUGCGAGCACAUUCGCGAGAGACCGCGGGAGAACAGCAGUCUCAAAUUACCACCACAGCAUCUCAGUCAUGGUGAAUCAAACCAGAGCAGCUUGUACAGUCGGAGAGAGGAUACACCGAGGAAAGUGUGUGAAAAGCAGGAGCGCGGUGGUGAAGUAGAUGAAAAUGUGGAUGAGAGUGAAAGUCUGGAUGGGUCUUUUCACAAAAUCUCUCAGGGUCGUGUACGAUCACACGAAAUGAACACAUCACCUAUUAAUGAGCAAGAUACAUCAGACCAAAAGGAGCUCAACAUAGAUCACAUACAAGAUGUAGAGCCAAGCGAUCAAGACUUAUCAUUUCAGCCUGCAAUUGAUCAAGUUAUGGUGAAAAGUGAAAAGCCAGACUCAGAAGAACCAGCUCUGAAUAGAAGCUCUAGAUGUGGUUCUCCUUAUCCUAGUCCAGACUAUAGUUUUGACCCAACUUGUAAUGAGGAGUUUGUGCACAACAGAAUGACUUUAGUUCAGUCAAAACUGCUAGAAGACUGGAGGCCUGAUCCAGAGAAGCCACAGGAGACUGAACCUUUGGAUCAAGAACCCAGCCACAGUCAUGGCUCCUCAAAAAUCAAUUUGCCAUCCAGUAGCUGCGUCUCUCCUGUCUCCACCCAGUUUCACAACCUCUACCUAUCAGCAGAUGACAGGACCUCCCUCAUGCAGUCAACUCAACACUGUAUUGAGCAGCACAGAACCAUAUUAAUGAGUGUGGAAGAAGGCACUGUCGCAACCAGGCCAAAAAAACAGCAGCUUUUCCCUCCAGGGUGCAGCCCGUAUCACUGCAGCAUGUGCAGCCGAGACUUCAAUCGCCUGGAGAACCUGAAGACUCAUUUAAGGAUACACACUGGAGAGCGUCCGUACAGUUGUUCGUUGUGCGGGGUGCGGUUUCGCCACUCGGGGGCACUGACACGGCACUUCCGCAUUCACACCGGGGAAAAGCCAUAUGUAUGUGGAGAGUGUGGGAAGAGUUUUAGAAACUGUGGAGGUCUGCGCUACCACCAGAAAUCACACCACCCUAAUACCGUCUUUAAAACAUCACACAUAUAAAAUGAUAUCAUUAGUCAGUUUUGAUAGUAAGCUUGUUGGCAUAUACAGGUUUAGACCAUUUUAAGUUAUAGAUCAUGAAACAUCAACAGCUAAGUUGUGUGUUUGUGUUUACUGAACCUUUUAUAAUUGUUUUAUUUGGAUUCUUACUUGAUUUAUCUGGAUUUUGAAAUGUGAUCUUUGUCUAAAUAAUGUUAAAUAAACAUUCAGUUCAAACCUUCCAACUCCUUUAAAAGUCAAGUCAAGUCACCUUUAUUUAGAUAACACUUCAUACAAUAGAGAUCGUUUCAAAGCAGCUUUACAGGGGGAAAAUAAUGAUUCUGUGAUACAAACAGAGUUCAGUUCAGCAGUACAGCAGCUCCAAAAGCAAAUAGUGUCAUUGUUCAGCUGAAGUCAGUUCAGAGUAUGUAAAAAGUCAUCUAAUAUUAAAUUAGUUAAUUUCAUAUACUGUAUAGCAGUUCUGCAGGCAAACAGUGACGUCAUUGUCCAGCUCAGUUCAGUUCUCAUCCAAUAGUGUCACAGUCAAAUCAAUGAUAUUGCUGAAAAUUAGAAAAGGCCUAAUAAUGUUAUGAUGUUAAAACUACGCUUAGUCUUAGACACAAGUAUAUUUUUAGGCUGGUAAUUAUUAAAUAUGCAUUUGAAACAUUUAGUUGCCUUUUAUGUUGUCAAAAGUAAUUUUGAAUGAAAAUGUUAAAAUAACAUUAUGAAUCCUCAGUUAUCAUUUAUUUUUUAUCUUUUAACUUUUAAAAUUGUGCUUCUUGAUCAAUGUUAAUACAAAAAUAUGUUUUAUGAAAAUAACGUAUUAAAAUAUUGAACAUACAUUCUUGUUGAAAAGGUUGGGGUCAGUAAGUUUAAAA